AUGGCUGACGAGGAAAGGGAAGCAAGAGCUGCUGCGCUGGCUUCUCAAGCGCUGGAGCUUGUAGCCUCUGGAAGAGAUGAGGAUGGCUCUCGAGCUCUGCAGGAAGCAGCCUCACUUGCCCCGAGCAAUCCUCAUGUCAAGGCCGCCUUCGAUAAGAUACGGUCAGAUGACUUACAACACCGCCUACAGAAGCUUUGCAGCGAAUUUAUUUUGGAGCAUGACGAAGGUGCGGGCAAGGAAGCUCUCUCUUAUCUCAACAGAUCGGCAGAAGUGCCUGGAGAUGUAGCCAAGGCAUGUUUGGAACUCGUUGUGAGGCCUGAGAUUUACAAAGAUGGGGAAGUACAAGAUGGGAUUGUAGCAGGCCUUCUGAGGGAAGCUCCAGCUGCAAAAAUCGCGCUGGCAAAGAAGCUACAUGACGACACGACUAUGGUUGCAUUCGAGAAGAUAUUCAGGUUGGGUGACGGAUCUUCCAAUGGCAUGACCGAUGUGGUGUUGGAUCCGGCAGCUUGGUCAACCGAGUCAAUACGGGAGGAAUGCGAAAAAGAUGUCUUCCAAUUGUACCUUGCAAAGCUGAUCCAGGUUGGAGACGAAGAGAACUUCAGAGCCCUGAAAGGCAUUGCUAGGCUCCUGGCAGCAGACACGGAACGUCUCCGUACACUCAUCGACGAAGAAACAUUUGAUGUGGUUCUGUCUUCGUUGGACAAUCGCAAUACGGUCGAAGUACGCAGUCAAGCAACCCUAGUGACUGCGAAAUACCUGGAAGCUUCCGGAGACAACGGCCAAAAGACUCUAACACAAUUCGUCAGUUCUCGACUUACACGGCAGAGAAACGAAGAUCUAGUCCAGGCUUUCUCCGCUGCUGCAGGUGUAUUCCCUGUUGCAUCAUCACCGGCCUCGACGUUGUUCCUCACAGAGGGUUUCGUCCAGGCGCUGGUACCGUUGUUGAAGAAAAAGGCGAAAUCAGAAAAGGUGGAACUUGCUGCUUUGGACAUGUUGAGUGCGGCUUGCAUUGAUAGUGCAUGCCGUGAAGCCAUCAAGAAGCACUGUACAACAUGGCUGCAGCAUAUCCUAGCUACGGGCAAAGAUGAGAGACCCGGUCUUGCAGCAGUGAUCUUGGCCAAGAUCCAAGGCCCGUCUAGCCAAGGAACCAGUUCAAAGGUUCAAAUGGCAGCCGAAGAGAAGAGUGUCGCGGAUGAUCUUGUACCUAGACUUAAGAGCAUGAUGGUUGAAGAUCCAUUAGAUUCCAACCAGAGCUCUAUUGAGGGUCUGGCGUACGCAUCUGUCCAGCCUAAGAUCAAAGAGGAGCUCGCAAGAGACGAUGAGUUCCUCAAAAAGCUCCUGAGAAACUUGAGGCAUAGUCCGCCCGGAUCUCCAACAAGCUUCGGCGGCCUGGCGCUCAUCGACAAUCUUACUCGCUACCUACCAAACCUUUCGGAGGAGCAGAGACGGAUGGCUCAGCUCAAAGCAUAUGCUAAUGCAUCCAAGAACGCUCCUCAAGCAGAUCCUCUUGACGAAGAUGCUGCUGUCACAGAGCGUUGCAAAGCUAUCGUAAACGCUGGAGCUAUCUCGGUCCUUGUUGGCAUGCGCAAGAAUCUGUCUCCCAACUCAAUGAAUAUCGUUAUCAGGAUUCUACUGUCGCUUUCACGGACAUCAUCUCUCCGAGGCAUUAUUGCUCAACAAGGCGGAGUAAGGCUACUGCUACAGGGUUACACCCUCAUCAUUGGAUCCUCCGACUCGGACAUGGAAGUCCGCCGUACUGCAGCUCAUGCUUUAGCUCGCAUUUUGAUAUCGAUCGAUCCAUCUCUCGUUUUCCCUUCAUCAGGCUCCAUGCCAUUGACUUCUGUCAUCCGACCAAUCCUCUCACUUCUUCGUGAAGACUCUGGUCCAAUGACUCAAGGUCCCCGAGACCUCUUGCCAACUUUCGAAGCACUCAUAGCUCUCGCAAACCUAGCAACUGUUCCUUCAAGUGGCGCAGCCGAAAGUAUCAUACGCCAAGCUUACCCUACGAUUGAAGACCUUUUGCUUAGUAACAAUACCCUGGUCCAGCGUGCAGCGACUCAACUCGUAUGCAAUCUUGCCAAUUGUCCCCUGGGCGUUGAGUUGUUCGCGGAUGAGUCCCCAGCUGCCGCUAGACGUAUGCACAUAUUGCUUGCGAUGGCUGACGUCGAAGAUGUAGCUACUAGAUGUGCUGCAGCUGGGGCAUUGGCUGUAGUUACAGAGUUCGAGGGAGCCGUGAAAGCGAUCCUGGCGAGAAAUAGGGCCAUGGAGAUCAUACUUGCUCUGGCAGAUGAUGAAAGCGGUGAUAGAGGAAUCGUUCAUCGAGCUUGUGUUUGCGUGAUGAACGCUGUCUGCCAGGAAUCAGAUACAGGAAAGAAGGCCAAAAACAAGGUGAAGGAACUUGCUGGUGUCGAGACAUUGAACGACCUUAUGAUUGAUUACAAAGACGACGAUCCUAUUACGCAAUGUGUCAGGCAGGCGUUGCAAGCACUGAUGAAAUGA